GGCUCCCCCUCCCCGUGAUCGCUCCGCACUCCCGCCACCACCUGCCCUCCCCCGACCGCCUCUCUCCUCCUCAGUGGGCACCUGUCUCCUUCUAACAAACGGCCUUCCCCCGACUCCAGUUACCCACCGCAAGGCGAAGAUUCUCAUUACCUGUUCCACUCUUAUUAGCAUAAGAAAACCGAGCUCAUAAGACGAAGCUUCACAAAAGAUGUCUAAGCAACAGCCAACUCAGUUUAUAAAUCCAGAAACUCCUGGCUAUGUUGGAUUUGCAAAUCUCCCCAAUCAAGUUCACCGAAAAUCAGUGAAAAAAGGUUUUGAGUUCACACUGAUGGUGGUCGGUGAAUCAGGUCUAGGAAAAUCGACUCUCAUAAACAGCCUUUUCCUGACUGAUCUCUACCCAGAAAGAGUCAUACCUGGAGCUGCAGAAAAAAUUGAAAGAACUGUCCAGAUUGAGGCUUCAACUGUUGAAAUUGAAGAGCGAGGGGUCAAGCUACGCCUGACAGUGGUAGACACCCCUGGCUAUGGUGACGCUAUCAACUGCAGAGAUUGUUUUAAGACAAUUAUCUCCUAUAUUGAUGAGCAGUUUGAGAGGUACCUGCAUGACGAGAGCGGCUUGAACAGGCGGCACAUCAUUGAUAAUAGGGUGCAUUGUUGCUUUUACUUUAUUUCACCUUUUGGACAUGGACUUAAGCCCUUAGAUGUGGCGUUUAUGAAGGCAAUACACAACAAGGUGAAUAUUGUGCCUGUCAUUGCAAAAGCUGACACUCUCACCCUGAAGGAACGGGAGCGGCUGAAGAAAAGGAUUCUGGAUGAAAUUGAAGAACAUAACAUCAAAAUCUAUCACUUACCUGAUGCAGAAUCAGAUGAAGAUGAAGAUUUUAAAGAGCAGACUAGACUUCUCAAGGCUAGCAUCCCGUUCUCUGUGGUUGGCUCCAAUCAGUUGAUUGAAGCCAAAGGAAAGAAGGUCAGAGGCCGCCUCUACCCCUGGGGUGUUGUGGAGGUGGAGAACCCAGAGCACAACGACUUUCUGAAGCUGAGAACCAUGCUCAUCACACACAUGCAGGAUCUCCAGGAGGUGACCCAGGACCUUCAUUAUGAAAACUUCCGUUCUGAGAGACUUAAGAGAGGCGGCAGGAAAGUGGAGAAUGAGGACAUGAAUAAAGACCAGAUCUUGCUGGAAAAAGAAGCUGAGCUCCGCCGCAUGCAAGAGAUGAUUGCAAGGAUGCAGGCGCAGAUGCAGAUGCAGAUGCAGGGCGGGGAUGGCGAUGGUGGGGCUCUCGGGCACCACGUGUAAGGCCAUGUGCACGUACCAAGAAGUCACAGAAAACACUUUCCUGGAUAAAAAAGAAAACAUUCCAGAUGCGUGAUCCAGCUGUGUGUUUUCAAUCCUUGGGAGGGUGCCAUCCACAUUUUAACAGUACCUGUGCCUGAGAAUUUAAUUUUUAAAAGACUUUUGAUGUGUUUUUUGUAUGAAGUACUUUUAACAUAUGUAUUUCAUUGCUAUGUUACACUCUGUAUUUUGUGAGGUGAAUGUUUUCCUUUUCUUUCUCCCUAACCACUAAUGUUAGAAUUGAUUUCCAAGAAUCGGCAUGUAUGCUUAAUACUGAAUUUCUUUGAUUUAACUGACUUAACAACUGACUAACCAUUGAUGAGCACUCCUGAUUUAUAUCUAGAACAUUCAGAUUUACCCAUAAUAUGAGUGGUAGAGGUGUGAGCCUAGUGAUGUAGAAAGAUGCACUGACUUGGUGCAAGGCCAUCUGCUUACCACAUCAUACCAUUUGGAGACUCUUUGCUUCCUUGCUUUUAUGUUUGUACACAACACCUAAAACCAGUUUUGCUGCUAUAAUUCUAUACUGUUGAUUCGUCUUGUGAUUUUAUCUCUUAACCAAAUAAAACAGAAUAGAAUUUCCUAAUGAGAUACAUCUUUAUACUUAAACAGCUUUUUUAGAGGUGAGUUUUAAAGAAGUCUCUUAAUUCUGAUCUAGGUCAUUUUUAAAACCCCUGCAAAGAACUCACCGCAAGCCCCUUUUUGUAGUGUUCUCCACUAAUACUGGUUAUCCUGUGUUCUCCACUAAUACUGGUUAUCCUGUGUUCUCCACUAAUACUGGUUAUCCUGUGCUACAGAGAAAAUCAAAGUAGUCAUGAGCUCCAGUUUUUGUAUUGCAAUUAAGACUCUUACCUACAAAACGAGAUUCAGUAAACUUUUUACUCAACCAAAUUAAAAUUUUUAAGGAAAAUUAGCAGUUGGUCUAUUCAGAAUCCAACCUUUUUAUAUUUUAUAUUGCACUUUAGUGUAUUUUCUGUAACUGUAGUAGAUCUGCCUCCCCUGUGGAAAUUGGGGUCUGUUGGUGGGCGUGUUCCUGAAGCACAGCUUCACUGAAAAGUGUUUCCUCCCUAAGGCCUUGGUGCCCUGAACCUCUGAUGCCUACCGGGUGUUCCUGAUUUGGGUUUCCUUUAAAUACCCCCUUUUUGAGUGACUUUCUGAUGGGAGGAAAAUAGCAGUAAUCAUUUUUUUGUGUGCAGACUCUCAUUUAUUUUUAGCCAUUGUCGUUUUCAUUCAUUUUGUAUAAUAUAAACCAUGUGUCUUGUCAAAGUGAAAGACAUUUUAAAUCUGUAGCAUGGGCUAGUGGGCAGGUGCACACAGUCGAAGCCACACCUGAUCCGUUUUCUGUGCACUGUAGCCUUAGUGUCACCUUUCUUCCUGUGUCUCCCUGUGGUACACUCCAGCAGUUGCCUUUUUUAUCAUUUCUACUGAAGUUGGGAAAUUCAGCCCGAGAAAGUGACAGAUGAAAGGAGACAAUGGUUGUGUAGGGAGAUGGAGAAAAUGCUUAAUCUGAGGAUGAGACAGGGUUUUUGGUUUUUGUGGGGGCUAGAAAAAAAAAACAUAAAAUGAGACAGUUAAAUGAUAAUACGAAGGUGUGCUACAGAAAAUCUGGUAUUCUUGCUAACAUUGCCCCUUCACUGUUGCUUAAUUGUGAAUGGCCAAAAGCUAUAUGUUACGGCUUGUUGUGUGAAGGUAACUAAGCAAAAGUGUUCCAUGACUUUAGAGUACAUCCAUGCAGAGUCCAUUAUUUGAGUUUGCCAUUUAAUAACUUUGUUGGAAAAUCUAUAAAAAAGAAAAACAAGUUUGCAAGUGACUAAGCCCCGCAUAUGUUUGAGUGAAAGUACUUCAGGCACGCUGCCUCCUGGUAUCAGCUCUGCAGGGAGGGAGGACCCACACUGCUACACUUCUCAUCCCCUUUGGCUUUACUGCCCAAAUCUAAAUAGAUACUUUUGAUUAUAGAUAACUGCUCUUUUACUAAGAGAUAGUCUCUACCUGUAGAAAUGUAUUUUGAAAACACUUAUUUUACACAGCAAUUUUGUAUCCAUUUAUACUAACCUUUUAUCAAUAAAGUACUAUUGUUUAGAUAUUAAA